AUGUCCGAAUCGACAAAUGCUGAUAUCACAUUGGAUGAGGUGUCUGAAUCGACUUCAAACACUCAAUCGGAACUUUUGAAAACCCCGGCUCCAUUAGGAGAUUUGGCUAAUCGAUCGCCUCAAGAAACUCCCGUCACUCGCUUCAAAAGACCCACAAAUAUCGAUAUUCGGUACUAUGUAGCGCUAAAAGGUGAUCAAAUAUCACCAACAUCGGAAAUAAUCGAUGAAUUUAAUGGAGAAACAUUGGUGGUAAUGAGAAGUCCAAUGAGGACGCCAAGUCCCGGGUAUUUAAUGGAAAUGAAUGGAGAAAGAGAAAUCUAUUCUGAGAAAACACCGAAUAAAGAAUUCUCGGGAAUCGAUUUGAGAUUUCGACAGUUGAAAGACGAACGUGAGAACGUGCAAAAGAAAACGUUCACGAAAUGGGUGAACUCACAUCUGAUUCGAGUCAAUUGCAAAGUUCAGGAUCUUUAUGCCGACAUGAGAGACGGAAAAAAUCUGCUUCGUCUUCUCGAAGUGCUUUCCGGGGAACGCCUGCCGAAGCCGACCCGGGGCAAAAUGCGCAUUCAUUGCCUGGAGAAUGUCGACAAGGGAUUGCAAUUUCUUAGAGAUCAACACGUGCACCUCGAGAACUUGGGCUCACAUGAUAUUGUGGACGGAAAUCCGCGAUUGACUUUGGGUCUCAUUUGGACGAUCAUUUUGAGAUUCCAGAUCCAAGACAUCACUUUCGAGGACGCGGACAAUCACGAGACUCGUAGCGCUAAAGAAGCGCUCUUGUUGUGGUGUCAGAUGAAAACAGCUGGCUAUCCAAAUGUCAAUGUUCGCAACUUUACCACCAGUUGGCGUGACGGUCUUGCUUUUAAUGCUCUCAUUCACAAACAUCGAGCCGAUCUUAUCGAAUAUGAUUCACUUCAAAAAUCGAAUGCUCUCUACAAUUUGGCGAAUGCUUUUGACACGGCCGAGCAACAGCUUGGACUCAACAAAUUCCUCGAUCCUGAAGAUGUGAAUGUUGAUAUGCCUGAUGAGAAAUCGAUUAUCACCUAUGUUGUCACCUAUUAUCAUUAUUUCAACAAAAUGAAACAAGAAACAAUUCAAGGGAAACGAAUUGGAAAGGUUGUGAAUGAGUUGAUGGAGAAUGAGAAAAUGAUCAACAAAUAUGAAAUGGACAGCUCGGAUUUGUUGGAAUGGAUUACGAGAAAGAUCUCCGAGUUGAAUGAUCGUCGCUUUGAGAAUUCGCUUGACGGAGUGCAACAGCAAUUAACCGAUUUCAACAACUAUCGAACGACUGAGAAACCGCCAAAAUUUGAUCAAAAGGGUGAACUCGAAGUGUUAAUGUUCGCUCUUCAAUCAGCGAUGAGAGCCAAUAAUCAACGAGCAUUUCAUCCAAGAGAAGGAAGAAAAUUGCAAGAUAUCAAUAAGGCAUGGGAAGCUCUCGAAAAAGCCGAACACGAGAGGGAACUUGCUUUGAAAGAAGAGAUCAUUCGACAAGAGAAAUUAGAGCAACUUGCACAACGCUUCAACCGUAAAGCUGGAAUGCGUGAAGCGUGGCUCACCGAGAAUCAACGUCUUGUUUCGCAAGAUAACUUUGGAACCGAUUUGGCGAGUGUCGAGGCAGCCACAAAGAAACACGAAGCAAUCGAGACGGAUAUUUACGCCUACGAGGAAAGAGUGCAAGCUGUCAUCGCUGUGGCUGGUGAACUCGAAUCAGAGAACUAUCAUGGAAUCACUGAGAUCAAUGAGAGAAAAGACACCGUUCUUCGUCUUUGGAACAAGCUUGUUCAGCUUCUUCUCGCUCGCCGUGUUCGUCUCGAAUUAUCGAUGGCCAUUCAAAAAGUUUUCCACAAUAUGUUACUCACUUUGGAUCUGAUGAACGAUUGCAAGAAUCGUCUUCUCUCCGAAGAUAUUGGUGGACAUUUGAUGGGAGUCGAAGAGCUUUUACAGAAACAUGAGCACACUGAGAGUGAAUUGAAGACAAUUGGAGAACGAGUACAGAAUGCGAUCGCUGCUGCAGAGAAAUUCCGUGACCCAAGCGGAGCUGCCGGCUCGGGAUACAAGCCGGUGGAAUCAGAAGUGGUCGACGAGAGAAUCACCAUCCUACAAGAUCGUUAUCAAGAACUUCUUGAUUUGGCGGCUCAACGCAAACACCGUCUCGAGGACAACAAAAAACUUUGCCAAUUCUGGUGGGAUUUGGCCGAAUUGGAGCAGAACUUCAAAGAACAAGAACAAGUCCUCGGCUCAACCGAUACAGGAAGAGAUAUUGUCACCUCGUCUCAUCUCUUGGCGAAACACAAAAAUGCCGAGAAUAAUUUAGAAGAUCUUGGAAAAACCCUCGACGAAUUGGAUGUUCAAGGAGGACAAUUGCAGAGAGAAGAAAUUCCUGGAUCGGAAAAUAUUCCUCCCCGUCUUGCCGAUGCUCGAGAUUAUUACAACAAAUUGAGAGAAUUGGCGUCUACGAGGAGACAACGAUUGGCCGGUGGAGUCGAUUAUUAUCAGUUCUUCACUGAUGCCGAUGAUGUGGAUGCUCAUCUUUUGGAUACACUUCGUGUUGUUUCUUCGGAUGAUGUUGGAAGAGAUGAAAGCACGGCGAAACUCUUGCUACAAAAACAUGACACUGUGGAUCGAGAUCUUGACAAAUUCGAUGAGCACAUCAAACAACUACAUGAAAAGGCUGAAGCUCUCCCAGUUGAGGCUCGAGAACAUCCAGAUAUCAAAGAAAGAUUGGACACGACUUUGAAGAGAAAAGCCGAAUUGGAAGCAUUGGCUCAAUUGAGAAGACAAAGAUUGAUUGAUGCCCUUUCUCUCUACAAACUUUAUGCCGACGCAGACGCGGUUGAGGCAUGGAUUGAUGAGAAAGGGAAACUCUUGGCCACCUUGAUCCCUAGUCAAGAUCUCGAGGAAGUCGAAAUCAUGAAACAUCGUUUCGAUACACUCGAACAUGAUAUGAAGAAUCAAGAACAGAAGGUGGGAACUGUGAAUGAGCUGGCUCGUCAACUUCUCCAUGUUGAACAUCCAAAUUCCGAUGAAAUUCUCUUGAGACAAAAUCGUUUAAACGCUCGUUGGGCCCAACUUCGUGAUAUGGUUGAUCAAAAAAGAGCCGAAUUAGAAAAAGCUCAUCGAUUGGAAACUUUCCGAAUUGAUUGUCAAGAAACGGUGACAUGGAUUGAGGAUAAGACUCGGAUCCUCGAAGAUUCCGAUACGCUCACCAACGAUCUUUCGGGAGUGAUGAAAUUGCAGAGAAGAUUGUCAUUGAUGGAAAGAGAUCUUGGAGCAAUUCAAGCAAAACUUGAUGCUCUUCACAAAGAAGCUGAUGAAAUACAGAAAGAGAAACCCGACGAGGCGACGGCUAUCAGAGAAGAUAUCAAGAGAAUCCAUCAAGUGUGGGAUCUUCUCAACAAAAAGGUCCGUGAACAUGAGGCUAAAUUGGAUGAAGCCGGUGAUCUUCAACGUUUCCUUCGCGAUCUCGAUCAUUUCCAAGCAUGGCUCACUGCCACACAAAGACAAGUUGCCAGCGAAGAUGAACCCCAAUCACUUGUCGAAGCUGAAGAACUCCUUGAGCAACACGAUGCAAUCAAGAAGGAAAUCGAUGGCUAUGCUGAGGAUUACAAGAAAAUGCGAGCAAUGGGCGAUCGUGUGACACAAGAUCAAACUGAUCCACAAUAUAUGUUCUUGAGACAAAGAUUGGCUGGCUUACAAGAAGGAUGGGAGGAAUUGCAACGAAUGUGGGACAAUCGAUUCCUUCUUCUUUCACAAGGAAUGGACUAUCAAAUGUUCCUCAAAGAAGCUAAACACGCUGAAGUGCUUCUCUCACAACAAGAAAACUUCUUGGCAAAAGAUGAGGCGCCGACAAGCCUUGAACAAGCUGAGAAUAUGAUUAGAAGACAUCAAGAUUUCAUGACAACAAUGACAGCAAAUGAUGAGAAAUUGGAUCCAUUGAUCUCUUUUGGAAAUCAAUUGGCGGGAAGUGGACAUUAUGCAGCGGAUAAAAUACAUAAAAAGACAUCAAAUAUUGGUGAAAGAAGAGAGGCGAAUCGAGAAAAAGCAAAAGCAAGACUACAGAAAUUGAAUGAUGCAUUGGGAUUGCAACAAUUCUUGUCAGAUUGUGAAGAGCUUCGAGAAUGGAUUGAGGAGAAGAUGAUUCGAGCACAAGAUGAAACGUACAGAGACGCCAAAACGAUCACGAAGAAAUACACUCGUCACAAAGCUUUCGAGUCGGAAUUGGCGGCGAAUAAAGAACGAUUGGAUAAACUUCGACAUGCGGCAAUCACUCUACAAGAGGAUAAACCUGAAUUUGUUGGCUCAAUCGAUCCACAAAUUAUGGACCUUUCCUCACAAUGGCAUCAACUCGAGAAAGCGACCGAAGAAAAGGGACAAAAACUCUUUGAUGCGAACAAACAACAAUUAUAUGUGCAGAGUAUUGCUGACAUGAAGGAGUUCGCUGAGCAACUUGAGGCUGAAAUGGUGAAACCAGAACAACAUGGACCAGGAGAUUUGACAACAGUGAAUGUAGCCAUGCAAAAACAACAAUUGAUCGAGAGUGAGUUGGUCAAACGAGCCGCACAAAUCGAUCAAUUGGCACAAAUUGAGCCUGAAUUGGAGGAUAUGAUUCCAGAUCAAUUAGAGGAUAUCAAAGCUCAUCGAUUGGCCGUACAAGAACAAUUGCAAAGACUGCAAGCUCCACUCGAUGAUCGUCGUCGUCAAUUGGAGCGGAAGAAAGCCGCUUUCCAAUUUGGACGCGAUGUUGAUGAUGAGAAAUUGUGGAUUGCUGAAAGAUUGCAACAGGCUCGUGCCAAACAACUCGGUGAAUCCCUUCCCGAUUGUCAUCGUCUUCAGAAGAAAGAACAACAAUUGGAAAAUGAGAUCUCAAAUCAUGAACCAUGGAUUGAUUCAAUUUGCAAAAAUGGUCGUGAUCUGAUCGAAGCUGGACACGAGAAUUCAGCUGCUUUCGAAUUAAGAAUUGCCGAACUGAGAGAAGCAUGGCAAGAAUUAAAGGAUGCUCUCAAAGCUCGUAAAGAUGAAUUGGCGGAGAGUGAGAAAGCUCAUCAAUUCCUUCACGAUUGUGGAGAAGCUGAGGCUUGGAUGAGUGAACAAGAGCUUUAUAUGAUGCAGGAUGAACGUGGAAAAGACGAAUUCUCGACGAGAAAUCAGAUUAAGAAACACGAGCGUUUGCAGGGUGACAUUGACAAAUUCGCGGAUACAAUCAAAAAUCUUGCCUCACAAGCACAGAAAUUCGUCGAUGAGAAGAGUCCAUUGAGUGAACAAAUCGCUGUACGACAGGCACAAUUGGAGAAAUUGUAUGCUGGAUUGCAAGAUUUAUCGAAAGAGCGUCGUCGUCGUCUUGAGGAAACUCUUGAAUUGUAUGGAUUACAUCGAGAGAUUGAUGAUCUUCUUCAAUGGAUUGCUGAUAAAGAAGUGGUUGCGGGAAGUCAGGAAAACGGUCAAGACUACGAGCACGUUCAAAUGCUGCAAGAGCGUUUCGCUCAAUUUGCCCGUGACACCGAAAAUAUUGGAGCUGAUCGAGUGGCGAAUGCGAAUGAUGCUUGUGAUGCGCUGAUUGCUUCGGGACACUCUGAUGCGCCGACAAUUGCUCUGUGGAAAGAUUCGCUGAAUGAAGCAUGGGAAAAUCUGUUGGAAUUGAUGGACACACGAGCGCAAAUCCUUGAAGCAAGCAAGGCUCUACACAAAUUCUUCCACGAUUGCCGUGAUUGUCUUUCGCGAAUCUUGGAGAAGACUCACGCUCUUCCAGAAGAUCUUGGAAGAGAUUCAUCAUCUGUUGGAGCUCUCUCAAGAAAACAUUACAAUUAUCUCAAGGAUAUCGAUGCAAUUGGAGAACAGGUUGCUCAAAUCGAGCGCGAUGCGGGUGAGCUGAGAGAUGCGUAUGCUGGAGAGAAAGCGAUCGAAAUUGCCACAAAAGAAGGAGAAGUGGUGAAAGCUUGGCGUCAUCUCCGCGGUCUUUGUGAUGCUCGUUCUUCGCGUCUCAAUGAUACAUCGGAUUUGUUCAAAUUCAUGAAUAUGGUUCGCGAUUUGUUGCUCUGGAUGGAUGAGGUAAAACGCGAGAUGACGAUGCACGAUCGUCCAAAGGAUGUUUCUGGAGUGGAACUUUUGAUGAACAAUCAUCAAAGUCUCAAGGCAGAGAUCGAUGCUCGCGAGGAUAGCUUCAGUGCUUGCAUUUCACUUGGAAGAGAUCUUUUGGCAAGAAAACACUACGCUUCGUCGGAAAUCGAGAAGAAAUUGGUGAAGCUGACAACGGAAAGAGCGGAAAUGAUGAGAAGAUGGGAAGAUCGAUGGGAAUAUCUUCAACUCAUCCUCGAGGUCUAUCAAUUCGCUCGAGACGCGGCUGUGGCGGAAGCUUGGUUGAAUGCACAAGAACCAUAUCUCAUAUCACAGGAAUUUGGUAGAAAUCUUGAAGAAACAAUCAAAUUGAUCAAGAAACACGAGGCAUUCGAGAAGAGCUCACAAGCACAAGAUGAUCGUUUCUUAGCUUUGGAGAAGUUGACCACGUUUGAAUUGAAAGAAAUGCAACGUCGUGACGAUGAAACGCAUAAACAUCGUCAACCAGCACACAGUCGACAACCAGUUCACGAUCCGCAACCAGGAAGAUCCCAAUCACAUGAUGAAGAGUUCAACGCCACAAUGUCAUCAAUGGACAGUCAACGAAAAGGUUCAUCCACACAACAACAUCAUCCAACUUCAUCACUUGAUCGUACUCGUCUCUCAUCGGCUGAGCCAUCUGGAUGGAGGAUUUCCCUUUCAAGACAGCCACGAUUCGACACGCAUGAUCCAAAGGGUGCCCAACAAGGUGAUGGAUUCGAGGGAACGGUCAUCCGAAAGCACACAUACGAAUCAUUGGAUAGGAAAUCGUCGAAUAGAUCAUGGGAGAAGUUGUUGGCUGUGGUGAGACAAGGAGAAAUUGCUUUCUUCAAAGAUUCGAGACAUCGAGAUGAGAAUGCACCCGUGCAUGGAGAAGGCCCAAUAUCGUUGUCUGGAUCCACGGUAAAUGUGGCGGCCGAUUAUCAGAAGAAAAAGCACGUUUUGUCGCUGAGAACGACUCAAGGAGCUGAAUAUCUAUUACAAUGUGCAAAUGAUGAUGACAUGCAACGAUGGCUAUUCGAACUUCAAACAGCCACCGGUCAAAGUGGUCAUCGUUCAGGGAGCGGAGAAGAAGAGUUGACAAGAUCACAAACAUUACCCGAAGGAGUACAAGCAAAGGCAAAAAAAGGAGGAUUCUUUUCAAGAGGCAAAAAA